AUGCGGAGUGUUCGUUCUUUUUGGUCGUUGCCGUUUCGUCGACUCCCCAUAACCAUCGUACUCCCGCAGCUCCUCGAUGCCAAAUCCGCCUUUGCAGUAAAGCUGCAAGGGCAAAUCGGCCCAUCCCGGCGACGACACGCACACCACACGUACGAGCAUCUCACCGGGAAAUGGUUGGGACAUAAAAACUCACGUUCAUCCCUUUCAACGGCAAUGCCCAACCCAACACGCCAAUGCCACCAAAGUCAAAUGCGCCGUGUCGCACGAUUGAAAGCAAAGCUGUCCGUAUUUGAAUUUUCCCGAUCGUUUGAGGAGCAGUGA